UCUCUUAUUUCGUUAGAUGCCGCCAGGAAGCCCACUUGCUGGGCACCGAGGCAACUUUCUCGUCUGUUUGCCAUUCAGCAAACGGUGUUCCCAGGCGCAGUGCUCCUGAACAUGGAAGGGUCGUUUGGUGCCUCAGAGACCUCUUCUCUCCGGAUUUGGGGAAAGUCCUCUAAAUUAGCAGCCGUUGCUGUUGCAGAAUACUUGCAAAUGUUGAAUGCCUCCGUUCUACCUGUCCUGGGGGGAAGGAAAGUGGUGUGAAUUUUGGCAGGUUGCUUCUGAGUCGAGGUGGCCGAGCAAAUGUCAAUGACCUGUUAAAAAUACCGAACCCGGAUUGUAUGGAGUGUCUUGAAGCCCACGUUGAUGCUCUGGUUCACAUGGCAGCAGCAAACCUGACUCCCCCCAGCUCUCUGGAAGUAAAUAAGCCAGGGUUUCCAAAGGAGAUCCUUGGAACUGAGUUGGAGGGGAAGUACCUGUGUACGGAGUGUAAGAAUAUUUUAAGGCGGCCAUUCCAAGCCCAGUGCGGACACCGGUACUGUUCCUCUUGCCUGAAAAAAAUCAUAAGCUCUGGGCCCCAGAAGUGUUCAGCCUGCAUUCAAGAAGGAAUAUAUGAAGAAGGCAUUUCUAUCUUGGAAACUAGUUCGGCGUUCCCAGAUAAUGCAGCCCGACGGGAGGUGGAGAGUCUUCCGGCCGUCUGCAUCAACGAGGGCUGUAUGUGGAAAGGGACAAUUAAAGAAUACGAGAGCUGUCAUGAAGGGAGCUGCCCGUUCAUGCUGGUCACCUGCCCGGCAUGUAAGGGCAUGGUCAGGCUGAAUGGAAAGGAGCGUCAUUCCGAACGGGAGUGCCCCGAGAGAAGCCUCAACUGUAAAUACUGCAAAGUCCUUUUCUACUUCCCCAAUAUUAAGGCCCAUGACGAAGUGUGCCCGAAAUUUCCUCUCACCUGUGAUGGUUGUGGGAAGAAGAAGAUCCCGAGAGAAAAGUUUCAAGAUCACAUCAAAACUUGUAGCAAAUGCAAAGCUCCUUGCAGAUUCCAGUUUGUUGGCUGCACCGAGUUGAUGGAAAACGAGAAGCUUCCUGAUCAUGAGAGCAAGUACAUGGGGGAGCAUCUCUACAUGCUGCUGAGUUUUGUGCUGAGUCUUGGGACGGAGUCCAGCAAGUUGCACUCCCUGCCGGGCCUCCCCACAGCUGAGGGCAGUUCUACUCUGUUGGGGGGCAACCCGCUCGUCUCCGAGUCAGAGAUUUCCAGCUCUUUAGAACUGUUAGGGAAAUGCGAAUCUCUGGAAAGGAAGACCGUCACCUUUGAGAAUAUCGUCUGUGUGCUGAACCGAGAGGUGGAAAGGGUGUCUCUCACAGCAGAAGCUUAUGGCCAGCAGCAUCAGCUGGACCAGGAGAAGAUAGAGGCACUCAGCACCAAGGUUCGGCAGCUAGAGAGGAGCAUCGCCCUGAAGGACCUAGCCCUGGCCGAGAUGGCCCGCACGAUUCAGGAGAUGGAAGCAUCCUCCUACGAUGGCAUCUUCAUUUGGAAGAUCACUGACAUUGCCAGGAAACGGCAGGAGGCAAUCAAUGGCCGCUCCCCAGCCAUCUUUUCUCCAGCCUUCUACACAAACAAAUACGGCUACAAAAUGUGCCUGCGCAUUUACCUCAACGGGGAUGGCACUGGACGCGGCACCCACUUGUCCCUCUUCUUUGUGGUGAUGAAAGGACCCAACGAUGCCCUCUUGCGGUGGCCUUUCAACCAGAAGGUCACCCUGAUGCUGUUGGAUCAGAAUAACCGAGAGCACGUGAUCGAUGCCUUUCGCCCGGAUGUCUCCUCGUCCUCUUUCCAGCGACCUGUCAGCGACAUGAACAUUGCCAGCGGCUGCCCACUCUUCUGCCCCCUUGCCAAAAUGGAGGCCAAGAACUCUUACGUCCGUGACGACACCAUCUUUAUUAAAGCCAUUGUAGACCUUACGGGCCUUUGACACCUCCUUUUCCCACUUGGAUCUAGGAGUAUCGAGCUGCCUCCCAGGCCGAGUUACAGCCCUCUGAAUAAUCCUCCUCCAAGGGCAGCUGUGAGGAGGGGGCUAGGUGCUAUCCCUGGGAAAAGGACCUGUUCUACUUGUUGAGGAAAGCACUGGAGACUUUUGGUCUUGGAAAUGCCAGUCAUUUAUAGUGACCCAUGUUCUUCAGGUGGCAGUGCCCUCCAACCCAUCCUCUCCGAGGGAUCCGAAAGCUGAGCACAAAAAAGCUCUUGCUACUUUUUUGAAUGAAUGAAUUCUGCAGUUUUCUCAUCUUGGGAAGGGUGGAGAGGGGUGGGUGCAGCAGUUGAGGCCCUUGUGAUGACCUGGAGCAUCUGCCAGAAGCCUGCUUGAGAGGGGGUGAGAUUUGGCCUGAGCCAUGCAGGUUUGGCACACUGUGUUGCACUCAUGGAAGAGGAUGCUCAGAAACAUGUGCAGAGAACAGGAAGGUGUCCCAUACAAGAGUCUUGCAGUGGCUGGUGAAGGAGGACUUCUCAGCCGGAUGGUGGGUUUGCUUAGGGGAAAUAGUGGACCGUAGAAGAAAUGGUUGCUGGAGUGGAUCCUGACUGCCAGUAGUUCCCCAGACUGGGGAGAAGGGUAGGUGCUGAAUCUGCAGCACCAGCAGGGGGCCUUUGGUUGGCCAGCUGCCAAAAUAGCAUGCUGAGGGCGAGAGAAGAAAGCUUAAGAUGUGGCUCAUUAAAUGCGUUGUCCUGCUCUACAAUGAGGUUCUGGGUUCCGUUGCAACAGAACAAAAAUGGAGUAUGUCUUUUUCCCCACCCGCAGUUUCUUAAAUAAAGCGCCCACCCUGCUACCUGCUUAAUAUUUCGGAGGUUAAGGCCAGGCUGAAGAGACAGGUUGUGCCGUGCAGGGGAACUACAGGCACGUGCCUCGUUGCGGGGGAUCGCUGCUAGGCUGGCGGCUUGCUACAUUUGGGUUGCUUGAAGAUAGUUGGCAGGCACACGGAAAGAAAACGGAUGGUUUGUGUGUGUUGCGGGGAAGUGCAGUGUAUGUGAACUUGUUUUAUUUUUCUGGCCAAGCUGCUGGGCAAUGUUGCCCCUUUAGCACAGGGUGCUAAGUCACCAACCUGUACAGAGGAGCUGCCAAGAGCUCUGAAGUCCUCGCAUGUCCUAAUUACCCCCCACUCCCCCCUUGGGAUUCUCCCCUUUGCCCCUAUGAUUUCAAGUGCAUCUUUCAACACUAUGACUUGCCUCCUCCAAACACAGAGUUUGCUAGGCAACCUUUCAUUUUCCCACUCCAUUGUUUGACAGGCAGAAGAGGUGGUCUCUUUUGUUGUCUGAUCCAAGUGAUUGCUUCUGUGUAGAUUGCAGGGGGUAUUUCCAACUGACAUGUGUUUCUAGUGUGCAACUAGGGCCAGACCCUUCGUGUUCUCUUCUCCUGUUCCCUAAUUCUCACCCCUUUGGGAUAUGAGUAGUCUGAAGCAGUUCUGUGUCCCUCCCAAGUGCACAACUCCGGGCUGUCUUCUGGCUGAUGCUACCAAAGGCAGUGGAUUGCCACGCUCCAUUUGGGUUUGUUGGGAAAGAGCAGGAAAUCUUGUGGGAUUUUUGUGGGCAUCUUUUCUCCCAGUUCUGAACCAGCAGCAGGGUCUUUUGGCAGAGGAAGAACUCCUACUCUGAAUUAAAUUUGGGGGUGUCAUUAUACCUAUGCAGUGUGUGCAAGACUUAUGGGCUAUUUGCUCUUGAUUGCUCUGGGAGUGUCACCUCCAAGGUGGUUGUGCUAUGUCUCUGCUUCAGAAAUGACUGACUGCUCCAAUUGCAUCUGGCCUGUUUAUACACGGUAUAAAGCCUUUAUUGGCAUUAUACUCUGGUCUGUUUAAAGGAUCUCAGAUAACGGGUGUUGGGGAAGACCUUUCUCUGCCUGAGACUGGUAUGCAGCUGCCAGUCAGAGCAGGCAAUGCUAAGCCAGAUUUGCUGAUGAUCUAAGACAGUUUCAUGUUUGAUGGUCAGAUGAAAAGGUUAGGGUACCCUUUUUUCUUACUUAAAAGUUUGGAGAUCCUAGAGACAUACCGCGAGGGACAACAGUCUGACUUGGCAGUUUCUUAUGUGUAUACUUUGCUUGCACAUUGAAGAUCCUAGAUUCAGAUGCUGACAUCUCUGGUGAAAGGAUCUUAUGAAGCAGGUGGCAUCCUGGAACACCGCUGCCACUCAGGAGUACAUGCUGGGAGGAUAGAUGGAGCAGCUGCCUGUACAACCCUGAACCCUGCUUCUGUGCUAGAACUGACUAUCAAAUUUGAGUCAUACCAAAGUCUCAUUCCUUCAUUGGGAAGCCAUAUAGUUAAGACUGUGCAAUUCCCUUCAGCACCUGCUUUGUGGAAAGGCAGUUUCUGGAGACGAUCUAAUCUUGGCCAGGCCCUACUAACUAGGGAAGGCAUACAGGCUUCUUCUCAAGAUUGUGCAUAGUGGUUUUUUUAAAAAACAACAACAGAAAGUCAAAACUAUAUUUUACAACCUGUGUAACUUAGACAGACUCACUUAAUAUUUAAUAUUUAUUCUGCUAGACAUAGAGACGGUCAAUGAGUUCUUGGGGAAGGCUAUACACCCUUGAUCACGGGCAUUCUUAGCACCUGUGGAGGUCCUGAGAUUCUGUCAUGUGACACACUUCAAAGCUUAUUUCUACAGCUAUAAAGGGCUACACGUUCACUUGUGCUUUCGUUAAGACGGCUGAGAUUCUUAAAAGGCCAAGAUCCUGACGAUGGUAUCACGUCAGUGGUAUGUUUUUCUGUAGUUGUGUGGAAGCACGGCCCUGCUCUGUAGAUAGAUAUAGAAGAACGUAUUUAGGAGAAUGCUCAAGCCGGGUGACAACAGCAUGAAAAAGGCACCGUGAUGCAACGUUUUCCCAACAGCAGCUUAUUAUAAACCAGUCUUCCAUUAGGGUGAGUUAACCAAGUUGCUAGUUAAGAUAGCUGAGUGCAGCGUCUGUUCAGAGGCAGUAUAUCUUUGAAUGAUGGUUGUUGUUGGGGCGGGGGGAGGGAUAUUAUUUUCAUGCCCUGUGUGUGGACUGCUCAGAAGUAUGUGAGUAACCACUCUGGGAAACAGGAUGCUGAGCUAGGUAUGACAACUGGCUUUGUGUAACUGGGUGCUGACACUUUUGUUCUAAUUCCCUUGUUCUCCCCCCUCCCCCCCAAAAGAAGAAGAAGAGGCUAAUUGCAAAAUCAAAUGAGGGAAGAGACUGGUGGUCACACUUUGCCGUUCAUUCCUUGGGUUUGUUUGUGGGAAGUGUGGAUUAUCAGCUACUGCCUAGAGAGUGGAUUUUGGUUCCAUUUCUGACAAUGAUGUUACGCUGUAUUGGUGAAGAAGCUGAAGUGGCUUAAUAAAAGCUGUGACCAAAA